AUGAAGCAUUGUUCAGUACUCGGCGCCUUGGCUUUGGCCUCGUUUGCGAGCUUUGUUACUGCGAAAGCCAAAGGUGACGGCUACUAUGGCUAUCGUCUGAACCGUCGAGGAGAUGAUGAGUCCGCCAUCUACGAGACCGAAAACACCAGUAGCGGUAUUGCGCCUCUUAACGAGGAACCCGAUGUCUAUCUCAACGCAAAUGUCUCAGUGGGCGAGAUCUCUAUCGAGGUGCAGAACAUUACUGCCAAAAUCAACCUAGACGCAAAAGUCCUUAACCUGCUUAAUUUCAACGCUGGUGUCGAUCUCGGUAUUGAUCGUGUCAAGCUGGGCAUUUACAACGUCACAGCCAAGGUCGAGCUUGAGGCCCGACUUGGUAAUAUCCUGCGCAUGGUCGAUGAUGUUCUUGAGAGUAUCGACCUGAACCCAAUCAUCGCUACUCUCGGUGAUACUGUCAAGGACAUUGUAGAUGAUGUUGGCGAUGUCGUUGGCGGAAGCAGUGGAGGCAAUGAAUCUGGCGAAGAUGCUGAGGCGCUGGAGAAGAGAGAUCUCACUGCACGUCUGGAGAAUAACAUUCUUUACUCUGUCAACGACUUUUCAGGCUCGACAAACAGGAACCGCGUCUUGACACAAGAUGGCUUCCUGUAUGAUAUCUACCUAAACAAUAACGGAGUCGAGAGGCGUCGCAAGGAAGUCGGAUUCUACAGCAAAGACAUGAAGUUUACCGGUCACAAUAAGACAAUCACCGGUGAUGAAGGGGUGGAGUAUGAGCUGCAGUACACAUAUGCACCGUACCAUGGGCUCAGUGCUUAUUGUAACAUCUAUACGGAUCAGAGUGGAAAGGUGUUGAGAACCAAGAUUGUUGCUGAGGCGGAGGGUGGAGGUGCUGCGACUAUUGUAAACAAGGAGGAGGAGAUUUAA